AUGGCCUCUGGCAUUCAUGUUAAUCGGUGGGGAGACUAUGUCCGAGAUAUGUUCCGAGUCACAAGACCAGGCGGCUGGACCCAGAUGGUAGAGCUGUACUUCAACGUUCAAAGUGAUAACGGAAGCUUGUCCGACGAGCAUGCUUUGAGGCAAUGGAGUAUUCGAUACAUGGAAAGUCUCCAAGGCUUGAAAGACCUCCGAGUCCCACUGCGACUACCAAAUAUGAUGAGAGAUGCAGGAUUCGUGGAUGUGGAGCAUAGAAUGAUAAUGCUACAUACUUGUGCUUGGUCGACUGGUAGGAAGCCAUUACUAGCUAUCAAGGGGAUUGCAACUAAAUCCGUUCCGUGCAGACCCGAGAGAGAAUGCAAUUGGGGCAGCAAAUCGUGA